AUGCAUCGCAUUGAUACAGUGGGAGUCAUGUCUCGAAUGACACAACUUGGCUGCGUUGUACGAAGGACCUACUCUGUGUCCAGUCCUAGGUCAAUAAUGCACAUUGACACCAACCAUAAACUGAUCCGCUACAAUAUUGUCAUCUUUGGAGUUGUGGAUGGCUUUUCACGCAAGGUAAUGUACCUUGGAGCUGCACCUAACAACCUUGCUGCUACUGCCUUGGACUUUUUUCAAGAAGCAGUGGAAACAUUUGGCUUCCCUCUUAGAGUACGUAGUGACCAGGGCAUCGAAAAUGUGGACAUUGCUCGCCUGAUGUUCAUGAUUCGUGGGACAGACAGGGGCAGCUUUAUUUCCGGAAAAAGCGUCCACAAUCAACGUAUAGAGAGGUUGUGGAGAGAUAUCUGGGCAUCGGUGACCAAUGUGUACUAUGAUGUUCUACAUGCUUUGGAAGAAGCUGGACACCUUGAUGUUUCUGACCCUACUCAUCUGUUCUGCUGCCACUAUGUAUUUCUCCCACGACUUCAAGAUGGUCUUAACCUUUUCCGCACCACCUGGGACAAUCACCCAAUACGAACAGAGGGCAGCAUGACCCCUAACCAGUUGUGGGUGUUGGGAAGUAUCCAGCAUCCUGUACCUGAACCUGAUAUAGAGGGAUUGAGCAUACCGCACAUUGAUUGGGAGGACAGUCGACUGAGUUUUUCUUAA